UUUGAACUGGAUUUGUUCGAAAAGUUGGGAGGAAAAUGAAACGUGGGAGCAGAAGAACAAUCCGCCUGCGUAGCUGUGCCGCUUCCUGCUGGGACACGAUCGAGAUAUAGGACGGGACCAAACAUGAUUAAACACAAUACAAUAUGCAGCGAUCGCAUGCUGAUUCCUCUUAAAUUGAUCUCCAAACUCCCAGUAAACAAGUCCGCGGGCCUCAAACCUGCAUCCGGUGCCGCCAUUUUCCAGCCCGCGUUCAAACAAACGCUGGACAACAGCAAAUGGCAAGCGAGCUUUGGUAGCUGCACGCGGAGGCCAGCAGCACAGCAGCGGCACCAAGUUGCCCGCGGCAGGUCGUCGUCUCACGUGGCAUCUUACUUGUCCUCGCGGCCCCAGCCCAGAUCCCACCGUUGGCCAAUGGCGCCGCUCCUCCCUGCCCGGGUCAACUCCCCGUGCCUCCCACCCGGCCACCGUGCCAUUGCCGUCGCCAUCGUCGCCUCUCCGGCAACCCCACGAGCAUGAGCCCACCGUUUCGCCAUGGGCCCGUCGCCGAUGCGUCCUCCCUUCCUCCUCUCCCUCCUCCUCCUGCUUCUCCUCGGCGACGUCGCUCAAGCCGGCACGGUGGCCACGGAGCUCAUCGCCCCGGACUUCGAGGCGUCGUUCCUCCUCUUCGUGGACACCGUGGGCGUGUUCCUCCGGUCCAGCAACGGCGCCUUCGAGGCCGCCGUGUACAACCCGGCGGCGCAGCAGGACCGGUACUACCUCGCCGUGCUCCACGCACCGUCCAAGACCUGCGUCUGGGCCGCCAACCGCGCCGCGCCCAUCACCGACCGCACCGCGCUCGUGCGCCUCACCUCCCAAGGCGUCUCCGUCGAGGACGCCAACGGGACGGCUAUCUGGUCCACCCCGCCGUUCGGGUCCGCCGUGGCCGCGCUCCGGCUCGCCGACACCGGCAACCUCGCGCUGCUCGACGCGGCCAACGCCACGCUCUGGCAGUCCUUCGAUGUCCCCACUGACACGCUCGUGUCGUCCCAGCGGCUCCCCGUUGGAGGAUUCCUGGCGUCGGCGGCUUCGGCGUCGGACUUGGCGGAAGGGGAUUACCGCCUCAACGUGACUUCGGGCGACGCCGUGCUGUCCUGGACGAUGGGGUCGUCCUUAUACUGGCGGAUGUCCAACGAUGCAAGCUUCGUCAAGGACCGCGACGGCGCCGUGGCUUACAUGGCCGUGAACGGCACCGGGAUUUUCCUCCUAGCUAAGGACGGCACCGUCAUCGUCCAGGCCGCAGCCAUGGCGCCAGCCGGGCUCCGUGUCGUGCAGCUGAGCGUGGACGGGAAGCUGCAGAUCAAGAACUUCGCGUCCGCGAACUCGUCUUCCUCUCCCACGGACGGCGGGUUCGUGGCGCCGAGCAGGGCGUGCGACCUGCCGCUGUCCUGCGGCCCGCUCGGGCUCUGCACGCCCAGCGGCAACGCCUCCGGCUGCACGUGCCCGCAGCUGUUCGCGGCGGCGCAUGACAGCGGCUGCGCGCCGUCCGAUGGCUCCUCCACGCUGCUCCCCGCCGGCGCCGGCGCCUCCUGCGGCGGCAGCGGCAAUGGCGACCGCGGCAUCUCGUACCUCAGCCUGGGCAAUGGCGUCGCGUACUACGCCAACAAGUUCUCGCUGCCGGCCACGGCCGGCUCCAACGCGUCGUCGUGCCAGGCGCUCUGCACGGCCAACUGCUCCUGCCUCGGCUACUUCUACGACCACUCCUCCUUGUCCUGCUACCUGGCGCGUGACCAGCUAGGCUCCUUCACAAACACCAACUCCACCAAUGGCGCCCACAGCAUGUCGGGCUACGUCAAGGUCCAGAGCUCGCGUCCCCAGGGGUCAUCCUCGUCAGACAGUUCCUCCUCCAGCAAGACACUCAUCGCCAUCCUGCUCCCAACGAUCAUCGCAUUCGUGCUAAUCGUCAUCAUCGGCGCCAUCGUCGUCGUGUCAUGGCGCAAGGAGAAGCGGCGCGAGGGAAGGCGGUCCUCCAGGGACGUGCAGCUCCGGCGGCAGCGCUCGCCAGGGUCAGCCUCGGCGCACCUCGUGCAGGACCUCCAGGACAUGGACGGCGACGACGACGACGACAUCGUGAUCCCGGGCCUCCCAACUCGCUUCACGCACUCGGAGAUCGAGGACAUGACAAACAGCUUCCGUGUCAAGAUCGGGGCCGGCGGGUUCGGCGCCGUGUACAAGGGCGAGCUGCCCGACGGGUCCCUGGUGGCCGUGAAGAAGAUCGAGGGCGUCGGGAUGCAGGGGAAGCGCGAGUUCAUGACGGAGAUCGCCGUCAUCGGCAACAUCCACCACGUGAACCUGGUCCGGCUCAGAGGCUUCUGCACGGAAGGCCAGCGGCGGCUGCUGGUGUACGAGUUCAUGAACCGGGGAUCCCUCGAGCGGCCCUUGUUCCGGCCCACGGGCCCGCCGCUGGAGUGGAAGGAGCGGAUGGACAUCGCCGUGGGCGCCGCCAGGGGGCUGGCAUACCUCCAUUUUGGAUGCAACCAGAGGAUCAUCCACUGCGACGUGAAGCCGGAGAACAUCCUCCUGGCCGACGGGGGGCAGGUGAAGAUCGCCGACUUCGGGCUCGCCAAGUUCCUCAGCCCGGAGCAGUCGGGACUCUUCACGACGAUGCGUGGCACGCGGGGCUACCUGGCCCCGGAAUGGCUCACCAACACGGCCAUUACCGACCGGACAGACGUCUACGGCUUCGGCAUGGUGCUCCUGGAGCUCGUCCACGGCCGCAAGAACCGUAGCGAGCACGUCAGCGACGGCAUGGCAAGCGGCGAGGACUCCUCCAACGGGAGCUCGUCGCGUGGCGCGGCGAGGAGCAAUAACGACUACUUCCCUUUGGCGGCUUUGGAGGCGCACGAGGCGGGGCGGUACGCGGAGCUGGCGGACCCGCGGCUGGAGGGGAAAGUGGUGGCGAAGGAAGUGGAGAGGAUGGUGAAAGUGGCGCUGUGCUGCCUGCACGAGGACCCGGGGACGCGGCCCAGCAUGGCGGUCGUGGCCGGCAUGCUCGAGGGCACCAUGGAGCUCGGCGAGCCCCGCGCGCAGGCGCUCGGCUUCCUCCGGCUCUACGGCCGCGGACACGCCGGGCCGUCCGACGGCAACAUGAAGCAGGUGGUGGGGAUGGGAAUGGGGACCUCCGUGGGGGAUCGGAACCGGUCGGAGACCACGCAGACGACCAUGAGUGGCUGGCCGUCGUACAUGUCGUCGUCGCAGCUCUCCGCCCCCAGAUAGCACGCUUGGCUAGUCUCCUUGGCUAGUAGAUGAUCCGAUUUUACUUUUCUAGCGCUAGUUUGUUGUAUUUUGGCUGGUUCCUUGGUAGAACAGGGCAGAGGGAUUGAUCUGUAUUUCCGCGGUUUUGUUGUAUUGUGCUUUUUUUGGUGAGAUUUCCGACUCCUUGAAAAUGGGAGUAGGAACAAGAGGUUGAGGGAACAAAAAAUAGGAAUUGAACAAUCGUUUUUGGGAUGGCCGACACGUCCAAUUUUUGGGGAGAAUCUUCAUUCUGCAGA